GCAGCCUCAGGCAUGUAUGGCAUCUGAACGGGCGGUAAACGCUAAUUAUCAAUCCAUCAUCGGGUAGAGAUCCACUCGAGUGGAGAAAGACCUCUUCCCUUGAAUCGGUUCAACUCCGAAUUGCUGGUGUGAAACGUGGGUUUAAAUGUGGAUGAACAAUGCUCCACUUCUCCUGCCCCUGACAUUGACCUUUAAAUCCCGGCAAGCUGCCACAAAUCGAGUCAUCACAAUCCAUCUUCCACAUCCAUCUACAGCACCUCAACGAUGCCCUACACCGGCCGUUGUAACUGCACCAGCGUCUCUAUCACCCUGCCGGCACAGCCGGAGAGGAGUGUAGCCUGCCACUGCAUCAACUGCAAGAAAGCUGGAGGAGGCUCCUUCUCAAUCAACUACUUCAUCAAUCAAAGUGACAUGACCAUCGAAGACCCCAGCCAGGCAAUGAAGAUCUACAGCGAUCCCAACACUUCUUCGGGGAACAUCGUCCAGCGUCAUUUUUGCUCGAGUUGUGGAAGCCCACUAUUCACGUUGUCGCCAAAGGUGCCGGGUAAAGCGUACCUGAAAGCAGCGCUGUUUGACAUUGUGUCAAAGCCAGAAUCCGUGUUUUUCGGCGAUAAGCAGGAGGAGUGGGUGAGCAUUAACACUGUAUAG